AUGAAUAUUAGUGCUAAGAUUAGAUUAGUUAAUAAUAAUCAUGACUUAUUAAAUGGUGAGUCUAUAUCAAUUAGUUGGAAUUCUGGGUAUUUUGCAAAUUUAACAAUUAUAAAUUUUUACAUCUAUGAAACAAAAUUAUUAACAUCAAAUUUUUUAAAUAAUGAUAAUUUAAAUUUUCAAUUAUCUUCUAUUCCCAAUAAAAUUUAUACAUUACCAAAUACUGGAUAUUAUAAUCUUGUAAUACCAAAUGAAUUAGAAGCUGGUUCAUAUUUAAUAAUUGGUAAUAAUCCAAAUAAUACAAUGGAAUAUUUAUUACAAAAUGGUUUAAUUACAAAACCAUUUGUAGUUUUAAAUAGACCAACUAUUAAUAAACAGAUAAUGUUAAUGUCUCCUAAAUUAUCAAGACCAUAUGGAAAUAAUGAAUCAAUAACUGUAAAAUAUAAUUCAUAUUUAGAUUUACCAAAUAAAGUUUUAUUUCAUUUAUAUGCGAUUAAUCCAUUAAAUCACAAUGAACGUGAACAUCGUCAAGUAUUUGAAAAUAUGAAGAAUGAGAUGAAUUUAAUAGGAUUAUCUCAUCAUUCAUGUAUUACAUAUUAUAUGAUAUUAAUACAACAAUUAGAAUAUCCAUUUCAUCAAGAUAGUAGUGAAAUUUUUUGGGUAUUACCUAAUUCUGAGAUACCAUUUACAAAAUCUAAAUUAGAAAUAGAUUCAUUUGAACGGUAUUGUUAUAGACAAAAUCUUAAAUACGGAAUACUACCAACAUUAACUGAAUUUGGAAUUAUAAUAGCAAUUAUAAUUUGUUUAAUACUUGGUAUUACUUGUACAUUAUAUUUCAUCCAUAAUAUUUAUAAUACAAGUAAGAAAUUGAAAUAUAGAACUAGUGAUAAUAGAAUGAAUGAAACAUUUUGUGAAGAUAAUGAUUUAGUUAGGGAAGAUAAUAAUAGAUAA